GGCCGUGCACAAACACAAACAAACGUGCACUUUACCACCAGCGCAAAUUAACGAUGCGCGACUUCGCGUUUCCAUUCGCGUAAGACAAGUUAUUUUCCUGGAUGUACAUAUGUGCGCGCCGCGUAUGCGUACAUACGCGCUACUUGUCCGCUGUAUUUAACCUGAAACGGUCUCGUCGUCGUCGUCGUCGUCGCCGCCGCUGCCGCCGCCGCCGCCGCCGCGCUUUGUGUGCCCUCCGGGUUUUCCGAACAUGAGUUGACGUCCGGUGCGUGUUGUGGUUUUCUCCAGGGGCGAUUAGUCGCGAGUUUUUCUACAGGGAGCAAGAAAUAACAGACACCAUGCCGCUCGCUAGUUGAGCACACUAGCGAGAUUUUACUACCAGUGCAUACACAAAUUUCUUUUUAUUUUCUCCUUAUCUUCUUAUCAUUUUCUCAACUUUUAAUUGAGAGCCAACGCCGAAGGGCGGUGGAUAAUAGCCGUGGAAAUGGCCCAAGAGACGGACGACAUCAACCUUACGCCGCAAGAGCUGCAAAUACUUUCGGAGCUCGACAGUCGUCAAUUUGGCUUCUUAAAAUUAAAUUCAUCCGAACAAGCCAAAAAGAAAGCCUUAGUGGUACGUGCAAUCAAAUACUUGGAAAGAAUGUUAGUGCAAGCACAAUCUGAGAAACAGCGCAGGAAAGCUGAUAGUACAAAAACCAAUUUGGAAGGUUCCAAAGAUGAUGACGAAGAUGAUGACGAAGAGGAAGAUAAGGGGAUUAGUAUUGAUCCUAAAACAUUUUGUAAAUUGGGCCAUUUUCAUUUAUUACUCGAAGAUUAUAAUAAAGCCAUGUCUGCAUAUCAAAAAUUUUAUGAAUUAAAAGGAGAUUAUUGGAAGGAUGCUUCCUUUCUUUAUGGACAGGGUCUUGUCUAUUUUCAUUUCAACGCAUAUCAAUGGGCAGUGAAAGCGUUUCAGCAGGUGCUAUGGGUGGAGCCAGGAUUUCCGCGAGCCUGCGAGGUUCACCUACGGCUUGGUUUGAUGCUGAAGGUCCAUGGUGAUUUCGACGCGGCCCUCAAGCACCUGACGCUCGCCCUAAUCGACGUCACCACACCUGCUUCUUUUUCCAAGCUCGAAAUAAAAUUCCACAUCGCGCACCUGCACGAGGUACAGGGCAAGUACCGGCUGGCCAAGGAGCACUACGAGGCUCUGCUCAAGGAGAAGGCCCUGCCAGCCCAUCUCAAGGCCGACAUCUGCCGACAGCUGGGAUGGAUGUACCACGUGGUUGACUGCAAUAUCCUGGGCGUAACCCGGCAGCAGAAGCAAGCGAUAGCGAUCCACUGCCUGCAGAAGUCGAUCGAGGCGGAGCCGAAGAGUGGACAGAGCCUCUAUUUACUUGGGCGCUGUCUCGCCGCAUCCGGACAAGUUCACGAUGCUUUCAUCGCUUACAGGAAUUCAGUGGAAAAAUCCGAAGGUAACGCGGAUACUUGGUGUAGCAUAGGAAUACUAUACCAGCAGCAAAAUCAGCCCCUGGACGCCUUACAGGCCUACGUGUGCGCGGUCCAACUCGACAAGUCGCAUUCGGCCGCCUGGACGAAUUUGGGUAUACUCUACGAGAGUCACAGCCAACCGAAGGACGCCCUCGUCUGCUACGUCAACGCCUCGAGGGGCAACAACAAUACGCCCAACUGCGCCAAUAGUUCCCUCAGCAGUCAGCUGAGUGGCGCCAAAUCCGGCGGCAGUGGUCCAAUGAACCCCUCGCUCCAGCAACGUAUCAGCUUCCUCCAGAGUCACCUAAGCCAAGCACCAAUGCCUUCCGUCGCCACCAAACGACGCCAACUGCCGUCGAUCGAGGAGGCGUGGAAUAUGCCAAUUAGCGCGGAACUCUCAAGCCGCCAACAGCAGCAGCAGCAGCAGCAGCAGCAGCAGCAGCAGCAGCAGCAACAAGCGCCUGGCGGUGCGGCUUACAAAUAUGCUGGUGGUCCCUCGGGCCCACCCCCGCCCUACCCCCAAGGACAGAAUCAAAACAUUAACAAUAAACGAUUCAAGCAGCAGCAGCAGCAGCAGCAACAGCCCCAACAGCCCCAGCAGCUCCAACGGCCCCCAUCUUUCUACCUGACUCCUCAACAACUGCAGAUGCUACAGUUUCUUCAGCAGAACCAUGGCAGCCUCACGCCCCAGCAGCAGGGAUUGCUGGCCCAGCUCCAGCAUCAGUAUCGUUCCAUGCAGCAGCAUCAGCAGCAGCUGAGGUUGCAACAGCAGCAGGCUUCUCAACGGGGACUGAGACCAGGACAGCCCGGAUACCCCAUGGGCUACGCGCCCGCUCACGCUCAACCCGGACAACCGGGUGUAAUCAAGAGCUACGGGAUGCCCCAGCAACCGCAAAGCGGAACCGUGGCCCUGCAGACCGGUUUCUCGGACUCCAAUGUCGGCUACAACGCCGCGGCUACGGGCAACUGCCAAGCCGCCGGUAUGCCCUACAAGUCCGCCUCGGACCCCAACUAUCCCCAGCGUCCACCCCAGCAAGGGCAACCCCAGCAACAGGCUGGUGCUGGAUCGCAGUUCGGUGCCCAGCACUACCAGUCCUCGAGCCAAUACGGGGCCCAGGGUUAUACUCAAAUAUCCUCGACGACGAGCUGCUACCCCGAGGGCUCUUCCGGCAAUAACAGUAACGGUGCAACAGCUGAUGCCGGCCUCGGCGUCACCGACCAAGAACUCCAAGCUCUGCUCUCGCAAAAGGACAUUGCCACCUCCCUCGCCGAGGAUCUCCUCAAGCACUUUGGUUCCGAGGAUUUGGACGUGAAGGAGGAGCCGCAACAACCCAUCGUCAAUAACGGCACCCUGAGCUCCGGCCCCUUCUCACCCUCGAACCUCGACGUCAACGGCGAGAAGAUGAAGGAGGUCAAGAUCGAGAAGGUCGACGAGCCAAUCAACAGCUGCUCGAGGUUGGAGACCAAGGUGUCCGUGGAGACGAUAAAGUGCGAGGCGACCUCGAGCACGAACAAGGUCGACUCGUCGGUUCUGCGCUCGGAGCCGGUGCUGCGACUGGAGCGCCUCUGCGAGACUCAGGCCGAGCCCGAGUUCAACAUCGAGAUGGACUCGCGUCGGGUGCUGGAGCAAUGCCGGUCUCGGGGCCUCAAAGCCGUGCCCAACUGCUCGAUACUGAGCGAUCGCUCGCCGCCCCCAGCGCCCCCCGAUCCGCCUAGCCAGAGGCUCACCAAGGAGCAGCUUCUACCCCCGACGCCCAGUGUCUUUCUCGAGAACAAGAAGGAUGUCUUUAGUCCCAUUCUGCAGGAAUUUUGUCUCAAGCACCCAAUCGCCGUUGUCAGAGGUCUGGCAGCUGCUUUAAAACUCGACCUCGGCCUCUUCUCAACCAAGACUUUGGUCGAGGCGAAUCCGGACCACACGAUCGAGGUGCGCACGCAGCUCCAGCAGACGAGCGACGAGAACUGGGACCCAGUGCUGGCCCGUAAAGUCUGGGGCUGCAUUAGCCACCGCAGCCACACGACCAUCGCCAAGUAUGCGCAGUACCAGGCCUCCAGUUUUCAGGAGAGUUUGAAGGAGGAGCGCGACAAGAGCCAAGGCAUACACACCUCCACGACAUCAAAUCUGUCGGACAGCGACUCAAAAGACAGCACGGGCAUCAAUGUGAAAAGGAAGAAGAAUAUUUAUGGACUGCCGGGCAGGUCCGGAUCGAAAAUGUUGCGAUUCGGUACGAACGUCGAUCUCUCGGACGAGCGGAAGUGGAAGGCGCAGCUGCAAGAGCUGAUGAAGCUUCCGGCAUUCGCCAGAGUCGUAUCCGCCGGUAACAUGCUCAGUCAUGUUGGCCACGUGAUCCUGGGGAUGAAUACCGUUCAGCUUUAUAUGAAGGUCCCUGGCAGCCGAACACCGGGCCAUCAAGAGAACAAUAACUUCUGCUCCAUAAACAUUAACAUCGGGCCCGGAGAUUGCGAAUGGUUUGCCGUACCCGAUGCCUACUGGGGCGUCAUUCAAUCUCUCUGCGAGCGCAACAACAUUAAUUACCUGCACGGCAGCUGGUGGCCAUCUAUGGAAGAUCUAUAUGAAGAAAAUGUCCCUGUUUAUAGGUUUUUGCAAAGACCCGGUGAUCUCGUUUGGGUCAAUGCUGGUUGCGUGCAUUGGGUGCAGGCAGUUGGCUGGUGCAACAACAUCGCCUGGAACGUGGGCCCGUUAACGGCACGGCAAUAUCAAUUAGCCAUCGAGCGUUACGAAUGGAACAAGCUCCAGUCGUUCAAGUCAAUUGUGCCGAUGGUGCAUCUUUCGUGGAAUCUUGCGAGGAACAUUAAAGUGUCGGAUCGCCGGCUCUUCGAGCUCAUCAAGAAUUGUCUACUGAGGACGAUGCGACAAUGCUGCUUGAUACUCGAGUUCGUCAAAUCUAAAGGGGUGGAGGUGCGCUUUCACGGCAGAGGAAAAAACGAGGCAUCGCACUACUGUGGCCAGUGUGAGAUCGAGGUCUUCAAUAUACUCUUUAUACGUGAACAAGAAAAGCGUCACGUUGUUCACUGCAUGGACUGUGCUCGAAAGCAGUCCCCGUCACUCGAGGGUUUUGUCUGCCUUGAGGAGUAUAGAAUGCGCGAUCUCAUGGAUGUCUAUGAUAAUUUCACUCUCCACACGCAACAACAACAACAACAACAACAACAACAACAGCAGCAGCAGCAGCACAUCAGCAGCAUCAGCAGCAUCAACAACAUCAACAGCAUCAACAACAUCAACAACAUCAACAACAGCUGA